UCGUUCCCUCCUUAAAGGGUAAUACAGUAAUUAUCAAUCAAACCACCUCGAUAUUUGGUAAACGUCUAGGAACCAGUCAGCACUCUUAACGGCUAAGAUUUCUCCUCUAAAAUCAAAAUUCAACCAGAGGCGAUGCUAAUCAAAUCCGAGCUGUUCUGAAAUCCAAAAUCACAGUCACUUCCUCAGCUCUCCACAACCCCAAAACGAUCCGUUUUCCCCUUCACUCUCGCUCUACCUUUCCCUUUUUCAUCACAAACACUAAAACCACUUCCUUUCUCCCCAAUCUUUCAAUAUCCACCGUCAGAUCUACCAGAUCUAGAGCCUUCUUGACUUCACUUCCCCUCACGCGCCGCUUAUCGGAUAUGGUUGUCAACGGGAGACCGAUAAAGAGGAUGAAGAGGAGAGUCACAGCUGAUCUCUACAACUUCCUCUCUUUCCCUUCCUCCCCUUCCUCCUCUUCCUCUUCCUCUUCCUCCUCGCCUCCUCCACCCCGCGGUCCUUUCAGAUCCAACAUCAGGUCGUUUUUAACCGAACACGCGCUGUUACCUCCGCCUUCCUCGCUGUUCCCUCACCUGCUCACGUGGCAGAUCUCGUUUCAAGUCGGUGACUUGGUGGGGUGCGGCGGCGCGGAGGCUGGGGGCGGUGUGGUUUCUUUGGAUGUGGUGGAGGAGGAUGUGGCUAGAUCAAGAUCUGUUUACUGUGAUCAGUGUCGAGUUGUUGGUUGGAGUGGUCAUCCAGUAUGCAGUAAGCGUUACCAUUUUAUUAUUAAAGCUGAUGGUAACUCCAUUGGUGGGUAUCAUAAGCCAUGCACUUGUUGCGGAGAUGUCCUGCAUUUGUCUGAAUCAAGGUGCAAGACAUGCAAUCAUGUGACAACUGCGGAUGAUGUUGAAGAGUGGAUCUAUCACCAGUUGGAAGACACCACUCAUCUCUUACAUGGUGUCAUCCAUGCAAAUGGUUUUGGGCACCUUCUUAGGGUAAAUGGAAAAGAAGGGGGCUCCAGGGUCCUUUCUGGAGUCCAUAUCAUGGACUUUUGGGAUCGGUUAUGUAAAACUCUUGGAGUCAGCUGUGAAUUAAACCAGCUAUUUUGUCAUUUUCCAUGCAUUAACAGAAAGGUCAGUGUGAUGGAUGUAUCAAAGAAGUAUGGUUUAGAGUACAGGCUACUUCAUGCUAUCACCAAAGGCCAUUCAUGGUAUGGUGACUGGGGCUAUGAAUUUGGUGCUGGUAGUUUUGGUUUGACAGUCUAUGCGUAUAAGUCAGCUGUUGAAACACUCUCCAGCCUACCUUUGUCCAUCUUUCUUUCUGAAGGGCAGAAACUGCAAACUCGCUUGCUGGAUAUAAUAAAGUUUUACCAAUCUUUGUCAGAUCGGGAGCUUGUAAAUAUUAGAGAUCUUUUCUGUUAUUUGACAAGUUUGAUCCAUGAUGCUCACAAGUCUCCCUCAAGGGUUAAUGAUUCUAGCUGCAAGAAGCGCUGUAUUUAUGCAUCAGGGAUUUCGUCUUCAUGGAGUAAGAGUGAUAUAGAACGUGUUGAAGAAGCCAUGUUUAGAGUACUGCGAGCAGUUUCUGGGUCCAACUGGGUAAGUUGGCGCGCGCUUAGAGGCGCUGUUUGCAAAGUGGCUCCUCCAGAGCUCCUUGAUCAUUGUCUAAAGGAAAUAGGAGGGAAAUUUGCAGCAGAUGGAAUGAUUGUUAGGUCGCGAUGCAAUCCUAGUUCAGGUGCUUUUGAGUACAGACUGGAACCAGGAAAUCCUUCCCUAAAUAGCCCUGCUACCACUGGCUCUUCUGUCAUUACCUGCCCAUCCGAAGGAAACCUUAUACAGGACCUGAGAUUCCUUUACGAUAACAUGCUACACCCUCAAACCAUGAUGAGCUAUGGACCUGAGGCCACAAGUGAUGCAAUCAGCUCAGCUAGAAAACUUCUUGACUGCAAGCAGUUCAUGAAAGACUACAACAAAUGUGAAACAACGUCAUCACCCUCAAAUCCACCUACUAUAUGCCUGUCAUGUCAGGUGGAAAUUGUGGAUCAGUUGGAAGAAAAUGUCCCAGAUCUUCCCCCAGAAAUAAUCGUCCUGCCCUCAAAUGCUACAGUUUUUGAUCUCAAGCUUGAAGCGUCCAGGGCAUUUCAAGAUGUGUAUUUGAUGUUCAGGAGAUUUCAUGCCGAAGAGCUUCUUGGUUAUAGUGGUGUUGAUGAUUCCACCCAGGUCAAGCUCUUGAUAGGGUCAACUGAAUCUGUUCGAGUCCAAGGUAGAUGUCUGGGAAAAAAUGGUCUUGGUAAAUUUAGGAUGGAAAGAGGAACUGAGAGAUGGACUGUGGACUGCCGCUGCGGUGCUAAGGAUGAUGAUGGAGAAAGAAUGUUAGCUUGUGAUGUUUGUGGAGUGUGGCAGCACACUAGGUGUUCUGGCAUCCCAGAUUCGGAUCCAGUGCCCGCUAAGUUCGUCUGUGUGGGAUGCAGAGGCGUUAGCUUGGUGACCAAACCUAGUGCAGUAGUAAAGUGACGACACGAUGACUUUUUGCCGGUGACAAUGGCAGAAGCUGUGGAAACAGCAUGACAACAUCCCAUGUUUCUGAAAAUUUAGACUCUGUAAAUGUUUUUUUUUUUCUUUAAAUUUUGUUUUUCUCCUUUUUGUUCAUCUUCUUGGGCCAGUUUUUUUCCUCCAACGAUAGGUUGAAUCUGUACAUAAUAAAUUAUGGCCUUAAAGGUGCAUCAGUGCGGUCGGGCCUUCCUCCCACAUUAUGAUGCUAGUGGUGUUUCUGUAUAUCUCUCAUGUAUCCUAACCGAGGCAAAAAAAGAAAAAGAAAGAAAAAGAGCUAUAUUAUGUACAUGAAAUGAUUAGUUUUCAUUAGAGCCA